ACCCGUGAAGUCAUUUCACUCAACUUGGUCAUUUCCUUUUCGGGCCAAGUCCAUUGUAUUGUAUAUCACUUUCCCCUCUUUACUGUGAAUGUGAUCAUCAUCUCCCAAUUAUUUUCACGAUGGGAUCUCUUCUUCGCAUGAAUCGCCUUUUAUCUUCCAUCGUGGAUUCAUGUAACUGCAUCAUCGACCCACAAUUGCCUGCUGAUGACUUGCUAAUGAAGUAUCAGUACAUAUCUGAUUUUUUCAUAGCACUUGCUUAUUUCUCCAUUCCAGUGGAGUUGAUAUACUUCGUUAAGAAGUCUGCUGUUUUUCCAUAUAGAUGGGUUCUUGUGCAGUUUGGUGCUUUCAUAGUUCUUUGUGGAGCAACACAUCUUAUCAACUUAUGGACAUUUAAUAUGCAUACAAGGAAUGUGGCAAUAGUAAUGACUACUGCAAAGGUCUUGACUGCGCUGGUAUCAUGUAUAACUGCGCUCAUGCUUGUCCACAUCAUUCCUGAUUUAUUAAGUGUCAAAACUAGGGAACUAUUCUUGAAAAAGAAAGCUGCACAGCUUGAUCGUGAAAUGGGUAUUAUUCGCACUCAAGAGGAGACUGGUAGACAUGUUAGAAUGCUAACUCAUGAAAUCCGAAGCACUCUUGAUAGACAUACUAUUCUAAAGACUACAUUGGUUGAGCUAGGAAGAACAUUGGCCUUAGAAGAGUGUGCAUUAUGGAUGCCAACACGUACUGGAGUAGAGCUUCAACUUUCUUACACUCUACGUCAUCAAAAUCCAGUUGGACUGACUGUACCUAUACAACUUCCUGUAAUCAACCAAGUUUUCAGUACAAACCGUGCCGUACAAAUAUCACCAAAUUCUCCUGUUGCAAAACUUCGACCUACUGGGAAAUACAUGCCUGGUGAGGUGGUUGCUGUCAGGGUUCCGCUUCUGCAUCUCUCAAACUUUCAGAUUAAUGAUUGGCCUGAACUUUCAACAAAGCGCUAUGCUUUAAUGGUUUUGAUGCUUCCUUCAGACAGUGCAAGACAAUGGCAUGUCCAUGAGCUGGAACUUGUUGAAGUGGUAGCUGAUCAGGUUGCUGUUGCUCUCUCACAUGCUGCAAUUUUAGAAGAAUCGAUGAGGGCUAGGGAUCUUCUUAUGGAGCAGAAUGUGGCUCUUGAUCUGGCAAGAAGAGAAGCUGAAAUGGCUGUUCGUGCACGUAAUGAUUUCUUGGCUGUUAUGAAUCAUGAAAUGAGAACUCCCAUGCAUGCGAUAAUUGAACCGUGGAUAGGUAAAGCCUAUUAUUGCUCUCACCCACCUAUUAUUGCUAUGCUCAUAAGCUCUUCAUUGGGUUUAAAUACAGCAACGCACAAAUUGAAAGCUUUGAAACUACAAAUAUGGUGA